AUGGCCUGGUGCCCUCUGCUCCUCACCCUGGUCGCUCUCUGCACAGGAUCCUGGGCCCAGGCUGUGCUGACUCAGCCGUCCUCCGUGUCCGGGUCCCCGGGCCAGACGGUCAGCAUCACCUGCUCUGGAAGCAGCAGCAACGUUGGUUAUGGUAAUUAUGUGAGCUGGUAUCAACAGCUCCCAGGAUCGGCCCCCAGACUGCUCAUCUAUGGUGCAACCAGUCGAGCCUCGGGGGUCCCCGACCGAUUCUCCGGCUCUAGGUCUGGGAACACAGCCACCCUGACCAUCAGUUCGCUCCAGGCUGAGGACGAGGGGGAUUACUACUGUUUAUCUGCUGACAGUAGUAGUUAUAAUGGCACAGUGCUCCAGGUCAGGGGGGAAGUGAGACAAAAACCUGCUUUCCUCCAGACAUGGGCCUCCUCGGUGGAAGCUCAGACUGUGGUCCAGGAACCGCCACUGUCAGUGUCUCCAGGAGGGACGGUCACCCUCACCUGUGGACUGAGCUCUGGGUCAGUCACUACCUACAGCGAACCCAGCUGGUACCAGCAGACCCCAGGCCAGGCUCCCAGAAAUGUUAUCUACAGCACCAACAGCCGCCCCUCUGGGGUCCCUGAUCGCUUCUCUGCCUCCACCUCUGGGAACAAAGCCACGCUCACCAUCACGGGGGCCCAGCCCGAGGAUGAGGCUGACUACCACUGCUUACUUAUGAAGAGGGAAGGAGCGGCGUGGGGACGCGCUGCUCAGCUGUGGGGCCACAGACGGCAGGACGCCCUGACCGUGUCCACCAUGGCCUGGUGCCCUCUGCUCCUCACCCUGGUCGCUCUCUGCACAGGGUCCCUCUUCCAGCCUGUGCUGACACAGCCGCCCUCUGCAUCUGCCUCCCUGGGAGCCUCGGCCAAGCUCACCUGCACCCUGAGCAGCGGCUACAGCAGCUACUGUGUGAACUGGUACCAGCAGAGCCCUGGGCAGGCCCCUCGGGAUCUGGUGAAGCUGACCAGUGACCGAGAAGUCACCAGAAGGGACGGGAUCCCCGGCCGCUUCUCCGGCUCCGGCUCCGGCUCCGGGGCUGAGCGCUACCUGACCAUCAGCAGCCUCCAGUCUGACGACGAGGCUGAUUACAUCUGCGGUGUCAGCUAUAAUGAUGGUGGCCAGAGGCUCUGUGCUCGGCCUGUGCUGACCCAGUCCCCGUCUGCGGCCUCCUCCCUGGGAGGCUCGGCCACGCUCACCUGUACCCUGAGCAGUGAGCAUAGCACGCACUUCAUUCAGUGGGAUCAGCAGAGCCCUGGGCAGGCCCCUCGGGAUCUGGUGAAGCUGACCAGUGACCGAGAAGUCACCAGAGAGGACGGGAUCCCCAGCCGCUUCUCCGGCUCCGGCUCCGGCUCCGGGGCUGAGCGCUACCUGACCAUCAGCAGCCUCCAGUCUGACGACGAGGCUGAUUACAUCUGCGGUGUCAGCUAUAAUGAUGGUGGCCAGAGUGGGUACCACAGUCACACAGACAAAGGGGAAGUGAGGCACAAACCUCCCUCCCGUGCCCUCUGCCCACAGGCACCAGGGUGA